CACUUGGCUUUGGGUCACAAUGCCGUGGAGAGACCUGACUCUUCGACUCAUGUGCCACAGUUUGCCUCUGGCGCACACGUCGGGAAGCGGGCCGGCAUUCGCACCCACCGGUGUGCCCUUUCUGCCCCAUGCGCUGCUGUGCCACCCGAGGCCACAUGCUAGCCAACGAGUAGCCGACAUACACCAGGACUCGAAUUCGGCACCUUCCCAUAAACAAGACAUCCAGGACUAGGUAUUAGAGGUGUCACUUCGCAGACUGAUCCUGCCAGACUCUCAAUGAAGGAACUUCUCAUCUUUGGCGUGUUAUGUUCCCUAGUGGGGACGUCACAGACGGAGAGAUCGCCGCUCAUUUUGGAGGCAACAUUUAAGUCCACAAACUUUGAAAACAUCUUCGUGUGGAAAGGUGGUGAGGAGACCCCUCCGGGGACGCUGUAUGAUGUACAGUAUAAAAAGUACGGGGAGCCAUGGCAGGAAAAAAGCGAAUGCCAGAACGUCACCCGGCUCUUCUGCGACCUCACCCACGAGACGGAGAACUUCUCCGAGCGCUUCUACGCCCAAGUGCGGGCCCACGUCCCCGAUUGUUGCACCUCCAACUGGGCCAUGUCCCCAAGGUUUCACCCCGGGAUGGACACGAAUAUUGGGAAGCCAGAGGUGAAGUGCAUCCCCAGCACCCAGUCCAUCCAGUUCUUCAUCCAGCCACCAAUGAGCCCUCUGAGGGAUGGAGACAACCAGACCUUGACCGUGGUAAAGAUCUUCAGUAAGAUUGGCACCAGCGUCGAGUAUGAAAUAAUAGUCUUCUCCCCAAAGACACAGCAGAAGUGGGUCAAGACUGUAAAAGUCGGUGAAUUUGAACUCACGGAUUUGGAAGCAGACACCGAAUACAAUGGAGAAAUCCGCAUCAAAACGUCCAAGAAAACCAGCGAGCCCUUUCACUUUCGAGUGAGGACUUUACCAGACCGCACCUGGAUGCCGUAUUUGUUUGUGGUGAUCCUUUUUAUGAUCGCGUUGAGCUUUGGAACCAUGUACUACUUGGUUGACAAGUACAUCAAACGGUACACUUUGGAGCAGCCGACAGCUUUAGAUUUCAAGGGCACUUCUCACUUCCGACCCCUGGUGCCAAAAGUGGAGCAAUUCCUGAUCCCGCAGAAUCUUUCCAAAUGCGGACGAAAUCUUCCAGAGAUGCAACUGGCGAGAGAGGCGAACCCCAAUCUUUUAGCAGAGCUGGAAAAGCACCAAAAAGUAUUUGCUUUGACCAAUUCGAUUUACCAGGAACAGGCCAAGCUGCCCUUCUUCGAGGACAUAAGUCAACCUGUGGCUCCAGCGGAUCACCUUCCUGCGUCUUAUGCGCCGCAAACCGUAAAGCACCGCCCAAUAUGUGUGACGGAUGGCAACCCUUCGGCUUCGACUUACGGAUUGUGCAUCCAAGGCACCAGUUGUGCCAACAAGGUGAGCUCACAGAGAGCUGCGGAUCCUGUUUCUUGUGCCGGAGACGCCAUAAACGGGAUCUACAAAGCGCAGAAUCCAGAACAGCGCUGGAUGAACAAGGCCAAUGAAGAGCCAACAUUGAUGCAAGAAAACGUGGAGCCACAACGAGACAACCAAGAUGUGAUGCCAUCACAACGUUCCUCUCUUCCAGAGGGAAUGACAGGGAGCUAUAGAAAGCAACCCAUGGACCUGUUGCAGGCCACCCCGAGGAACGUCCCAAAUGCUACCAUAGGUAUUGAUUCCGUCUCGUAUUCUCAACCAUUAUUUUUACCAGCUCAACUCUCUCACAAUCACAGUGCAAAGCAAUGGGACGGCUGGGAGUCGUUUGCCGAAAACACUAUCCGAUGGUCCUCUUUUGGCCUUCAAACAACAGACUGUGCAAAUAAGGGAUCAAAAACCGAGCCCGAAUCAGUUAGUGUUGCGGACGCCUUGGACACUGCUCCAAACAGCGGACUCUUUGCAGGCCUCUUCAAAGACUUGGAUCUGAAAAUCCAGUGGGACCACGGGACAGAGGAAGACGUUUAUUAGGAAACACAGCACUGCAUUCAUAAGGAAUUAACUAUCCCAAGCUGGACGACCCAGAAUACGAAACCCACAGCCAAUACUAAACCCAGAUAGCUCUCUGCUGCUCUAGAGACUCGGAUACAGAGCAAUGGGUACAAAUGGCAGGAAAAGAGAUUCCACCUAAAUAUUCAAAGGGGAAAAAUCCUGAUAGUAAGAGCUACUUUAGAAUCCAUCGGAGCCUCCUUCUCUGGAGGUGUUUAAGCAGAGGCUGGAUGGCCAUCUGCUGGGAAUGUUUUGAUUGUAUCAUGGGUGGCGCAAUGGGUUAAACCCUAGUGCUGCUGAAUUGCAGAACUGCUGAUCUGAAGGUCGGCAGUUUGACAGUUAAAAUCCGUGGGACGGAGUGAGCUCCCACUGAAAUGGCAGACAAAGGUUUGAGGUAAUGAGACAAAGAGAGUUCCGGUGGCUGUAGAAAAAAGAUGUUUUAUUCUCAGUGGCCAGAGAGAAUAAGCAAUAAGAAAAAGGACCUUCUCCUGUAAUCAGGAAAGUGAAGGUACGGAACAAAGAAACACAAGUUUUUAUAUACCCUUUUCCUACGUCAUCUAGGCAUUAUCCAUCACCAAUUAGUGUCAAAAAAGUCUUACUUUGCACUUUACUAAAAGUUACUUUUGCAUUUUCCUAAAAUAUAGGCUUUUUCAAGACCUCUGACCCUCCAUUAGGCCUUAUCUAAGGAAUUUCCUAUCUAGGCUCUCAGGGGUUCACAUUAAUUAAGGAAUUCCCCCCUAUCUUAGCUUUUAGGGAGCCAUUAGCACUCCUACACGACACCAGGUCAUAUCUUGACAUCCCAAAAGCCUUAAUUUGUCUUUUGUCCAUUAGCUUAUCUAUUCUUGUUGACACUUGACAUAUGUCUCUGGCACUUAGGGUGAACUUUGAUCCUGCUUAUGGGGAGACAGUUAUUUGCUGAGCAGAGUGUAUUUUGGGGCUAUAUGCACACAAUUCUGCUUGUGAUUACAUUUUUCCUUUUCUUAUUUUUAAUAUGAUUACAUUCAAUAUAUAGUUUCCAAUGCAAGUAUUAUAUUUUGCCAAUACACCUUCAUCACCACUGUUAGCCCUAGUUCCUGCCAACCUGGCUGUUUGAAAACAUGCAAAUGUGAGUAGAUAAAUAGGUACCGCUUUGGCGGGAAAAGACAAAAAAAAAGACACUCCAAGCAAUCACGCCAGCCACACAACCAGGAGUAAACAAAGCAGGCUCUUGACUUGAAAAUGGAGAAGAGCACCUCAUCCAAAGCCGGAAAUGAAAGGAGAAGCCUUUGCCUUUGCCUGUGUUGUCUGUCUCACUGUAUGUGUUUGUAAAUAGGACAUUGAAUGUUUGCCUUUGUCUGCUUUAUAUAUACUGUAAUCUGCUCUGAGUCCCUUUGGGGAGAAGGGCAGAAUAUAAAUAAAUUGUAUUAUUAUUAUUA